UCACACAGCCUUGUGCGACGAGGACCGCGUACAGAAAACUGACUGCUCUGUUUACAAUACAAUACGACUUAGAAAACAGUGCAAAGCAAAAUAUUUCGUAUGGAAUGAUAACAAAAAUAAUGUGUCGAUUUAAAGAGCGGCUAUCCGCUAGGUACCGGAUAUGACUGUAUAUGGUUGUCCAUGAAAUAUUCAGGGAACAGAAGGAUCUUCACGUUGUGUAACAUCAGACAACUGACAUUGCUUUUUUUAAAUGAAAUACUUGGAGCUUGUUGCACAAGCACUGAAACUGUGAAGUUGUGAGCAAUUUAUUGGUUCGGAGGAUUAUCUGUGACAGAUAUGGGACAGUCUAUGAUUUAACCUCGAAUUCAGCAUGGCUACAGAAGUAUCAGUUUCCAGCACCGCUUCCCCUGGACUGCCAGCACCAGCUCGUAAAGAAUAUUACUGGCUUCGCUCUUUUGUAUCGGGAGGUGUUGCAGGAUGUUGUGCCAAGACAACCAUUGCACCUUUGGACAGAGUGAAGAUUUUAUUACAGGCUCAUAAUCCCCACUAUAAAGAUUUAGGAGUUUUCGCCACUCUCCGCUCUGUUCCACAGAAGGAAGGCUACCUUGGUCUCUACAAAGGAAAUGGAGCCAUGAUGGUUCGGAUCUUCCCUUACGGAGCCAUUCAGUUUAUGGCAUUUGACCAAUACAAAAAGUUACUGAGCAAAAAGUUAGGCAUAUCUGGACAUGUUCACCGGUUAAUGGCUGGAUCUAUGGCAGGAAUCACAGCAGUCAUUUGCACAUACCCACUAGAUGUCAUUAGAGUGCGGCUUGCAUUUCAAGUAAAAGGGCAUCACAGAUACACUGGGAUUAUCCACGCUUUCCAGACCAUUUACAAAAGCGAAGGAGGUGUCUCAGGAUUUUAUAGAGGUCUAAUGCCUACCGUCAUAGGAAUGGCCCCUUAUGCAGGGUUUUCAUUUUUCACCUUCGGGACAUUAAAAAGCCUUGGACUUGCCCAUGCACCCACCCUCCUUGGAAGACCUUCCUCCGAUAACCCUGAAGUCUUAGUGUUGAAAACUCAUGUCAACCUGCUUUGUGGUGGAAUAGCAGGAGCAAUAGCACAGACGAUAUCCUAUCCACUGGAUGUAGCACGACGUCGGAUGCAGUUGGGAUCAAUCCUACCAGAUUCUGAGAAAUGUCUCACAUUGUCCAACACCCUGAAACAUGUGUACACUGCAUAUGGAGUGAAGAAAGGGCUGUACCGUGGCCUUUCCCUGAACUACAUCCGCUGUAUACCCUCCCAGGCUGUUGCUUUUACCACAUAUGAGUUUAUGAAACAGACCUUACACCUCAACUGAGGACACAUUCUGUGAUAUACCCAGCACAAAAUGUGUGUUCUUUAAUAAGUUAGUAAAAUAUCUAUGCCAACAAAAUCAACUGUUUAACAAACAUAUAGAAAGUUGUACAACAAUUGCUAAUGAUCAGUGAUAAGGCUACCACCAGCUGGUAAAAAGAAAACUAAUUUACAGGCUUAAGUCGUGGUUUAAAAAGCCUGUUUAAUGUCCUCUCGCAGAUAACUUUUUGAAAUCAAUCUAUUUUUCUAUUAUUUGUGGUUUUAAGGAAGGAAAUAGACGUUUGAGUAUUCAAAUAAAUCUAAUGAAAAAAGUGAAUGUUCUUUUUUUAAUCAACUGGGGAAAAAAAGUGUUUUUGAGUAGAGGCUAUAAAACUGAACCCUGUACCCGACUAAAUUUCAAACUCACUUUCUAUAAUAGAAAGCAUUUUGUUUAUUUAUGACGUUAACACUUUUACCAGUAUAUUACCAAUAGCAAGGAAGCUUACUUCACAAAAAGCUUUUUUUUAAUGUUAUCUAUAUACUAGAUGAAUGCAUUUCAAGCAAUUGUUUGAAUAUUUAUCUCAGCACUUUUUUUUGCUUGUAGUCAGCACUUACCUGUGCAUAAAAAAAAAAAAAAAAACAUUAAUUGCCACACCUAAAGAUAUGAUGAACCAUACAGUUUUUUCUUUAUUAUUUAAGAAAGCUGUUCCACCUUCUGCUGCCAAAAAGUAGCAGAAGCAUUCCUAUUUGACAUAGUGGUAAGUAGCUUUCAAGGCGGAGGAAGCUUGUGCCCUUACAGCUGAAACUAGCUGUAAGGGCCUAAAUAAACUAGAAUGGCCUGAAAAGUGUAAAAUACAACUACUGACUGAAUACCAGUGCAAGUGUUCUCUUUGUUUGUUUGUGACUUGGCUUGUUUACAGAUUAUUCUUUUUUUUAAUCACCACAGGCAUCUCUGUAAAUCCUCUUCUUCAGCAGCUCAGAUCUGAUCUCAUGUUUUGAAAACACUGGCAAAAUGUAUCCAGCACCCGUAUUGUAGGUCUGUGACUCUGGUUAGAGACCAAAAGCUUUCCGUGAUUCUCAAGGUCAGGUUUGAUUGUGUGUCGUGCAAUUAAGUAGUAUUUUUAUAAAGCUGCUGCUGCACAGUCUAUGGCUGUCACGCUGUCAUUUUUUAUGCACACUUUAGAAAUACUGGAUCUGUUUUAUUGAUUCAAGCAGAGGUGGGAGUUAUCAUCUUCCUUUUACUUUACAUAGUGUAAGUCCCACUGAUGUUUUCCUGCAGGAGUGAUUGAUUGACUCCCUUGUCACGAAAUACAAUAAAAUACAGUGGAAUGAUGUGUGCAAAAGAGCACGUUUCUAUAUUUAAGGCUGGUGGUAUUAAGAUCAACAGCUUUAGGAUCAUUGAACUAGACUUCAUUGUCUUUUGUAUUUGAUACACAGCUGUAUUCAAUGGUUCUCACUCUAGUUAAUUUUAAUGUACUGGUGCAUUGUUUUAACCUUUCUUUCACAGCCACUGGGGAUGCACUGCUUUUCACAAAUACACCAAUGUGUCAUUUUAGUUUUGCAUCCAUGUUAAAACCAAAGUAGUGAAUAAGGAAGUAGAGAAAAGCUAAUUUACUUAAAAAUGUAUAAUUAUGUAUAUUUGUGUAUAUAUAAUCUUUAUUUGUGUAUAUAUAAUCUUUAUUUGUUAUCUUUAAAGCUCAAUAUAUACAUAUGCGCACACUCGCUGAACCUAGUGUAAAUAGAAUAGUGUAAACUCCUUUUACAUGUCUAAAAUCAAUGUGUAAAAAUUAUAUUAAAACAAACAAAAUGGUAGAACAUUAAAAUGAUAGCAUGGACACUUCACACUUUUCAUUUAUUAACUGACCUAUUCCUUUCCCAGUCUCUUUGUUGCUGGCCGCAUGGGGGCAAUGUUUCAGCCUUCAAAUAAUAUAUUCCCAUGUUGGUUUGUAAUGGAGACGUAUCCAGGUGUUUAAAACCUUAUACAGUUGUUCUGGAGUUUGUGAUUCUUCUGAUCAGGUUCUUAACAAUAGAGAACAGGCUGUUUUUUUUAAAACUUGUUUUCUUACUACACUUAUUACAUGGUUACCUUAUAUUCAGAAUAAUGGGGUCUAUAUUCUUUCACAAGAAACACCUGAAAGUCAUUUCUGCUGCACAAAAUCUUUGUUUUUUUUUAUUGUUUCUGAAUAGUUGCAUUUAAUAUCAAAUGUUUUCCAUUCAACAUUUAUCAUGCUUCAUUUUCAAUUCUGAAAGCAUUCAAGAGGAGUUGAACAAUUCUAUUUUUUGUGAGAAAAUGUAUUACUAAUAAAAUUGAAAUGCCCUAUAUAUUGUUUAAUCUGAAUCUACUGUACUUUGUACUUUUUAUCUACUCUAAAUUGGAGCAGUGAUGAUGAAUUCUAUGUCUAAAUAGUACUGUGAAUGAUUUGGUGUGGUAGUGAGGAAAAUAACUGUAUUAGACAUGAUAACAUUAUAUUUGUUUAAAAUUUGCAAUUACAAAGCUAUGCCUGGUAAUACUAUUAUAUUCUAUACAUGAGUCCUUCUGAUACAUUUUCCAUGUGUGGUUUCUUGGUGUUGUACGCUUGUCUUUUGCUGUAAUACAGGUUGAAGGGACUUCAUUUAUUUUCUCCUGGUUUGCUUUGUGACCUUUAAAUGGAAGCAGUGUCUUUGAAAAAACAGACAUUGUUAUUUUAAAAACAAAAUGUAUGUGGUUUGAAUAAAUGUGUGGGCUUUUCAAA